UUCCUUUAAAUCAAGCCCUCUGUAUCGCUAUUAUUUAAAAGUAUGGGUCUUCGCUACACUAGCCCGCUGACCCAGGUCAUCAUCGUGGGCUUCAUUUGCUUCCUGUGCCCUGGUAUGUUCAACGCCCUCAACGGUAUGGGUGGUGGUGGUCAAGUCGAUGCUUCCACUGGUGCCAACGGUAACACGGCUCUCUACUCGACUUUUGUUGUUUUCGGUAUCAUUGGUGGUGGUAUUGUCAACCUGUGCGGUGUCCGCUGGACUAUCUUCGGCUCUGGUUUCACCUACGCUCUCUACUCUGCUUCGUACAUCUACCUGAACGAGACCAAGAAAGGUGGCCUCACCAUCGCUGCUGGUGCCCUCCUCGGUAUUGGUGCCUGGUAUUCUUGCCUUGGCUCCGUUCUCGGUCUUGCUCUUGCUCCUCCCUCGCGCGUUGUCCGUGACGAUGGCUCGUCGGUCGUCAUGGUCAAGUACACCAAUGUCGGUACGGAGGCUCUUGAGAUCGUCAAGCUAUUCCUGAACCCGAUGAUGAUCAGCCUGCUCCCGUUGUGCUUUGCAUCCAACUUCUUCUACGGCUACCAGUUCAAUGCCAUCAACGGUGCCAUCUUCAACCUGCGUACUCGUGGUUUCAACAACAUCAUCUACUGGGGUGCCCAGAUGGUUGGUGCCUACGCCAUCUCCUUCGUCCUCGAUAACAAGAACAUGAACCGCAAGAAGCGCGGCAUCAUUGGAUUCGCCACUGUUGCUAUUUUCUUCAAUGUUGUCUGGGGCGGAACCCUUGCUCUUCAGCAAAAGUACACGCACGGCCCUACCACCACUGGCCCCACUGACUACCCCGGAGGUCCCAUCGACUUCAAGGACUCGUCCCGCGCUGGUGGACCCAUUACUCUGUACUUCGUCUGCGGCUUUGGAGACGCCAUUUACCAGUCGUUCGCCUACUGGGUCAUUGGUGCUCUUACCAACGACAACCAGAAGCUCUCUCGCUAUGUCGGUUUCUACAAGGGUAUGCAGUCCUUCGGUGCUGCUAUUUCGUGGCAGCUUGAGGCCAAGGGUGUCGACUUCAUGGGCCAGCUCAUCGUCAGCAUGGCUUACGUCGUCUGGAACAUCAAGGACCACUCCGAGGAUACCGUUGCAGCUGAGGACGAGGUCGUUCAUGAGAAGAUUGCUGCUGGGGCGGUCUAAUGCUGGGUCUUUUCCAGCCCAAGGCUUUUUGCUGUUCUCACUCUUGUCCUUAGUUAACCGUAAUAAUAAUACCCCUAUCUCUCUUGACACGCACCUCACUACUGCAUCAAGUUGCGGACAAGGUGUCAUGGCUGGCGGAAAUCAAGAACAGCUCUUGAAUUCAAACACCUUCAGCCUGCCCACUGGUUGGCGCUCUUGUUCACGGUCUUACCAACUAGCCCAACUACACAGUUGUGUAUAUGUGCGAGUUUAUUCCAGGGGGAAAGAUGGGGAGGUGUCAGGGUGAAAGCUUGGGGUGGGGAAGAUCAGUGCGCUGUGUGAAAUGGAACAUGGCCGAGCAUCAUGCCGAUUUUGUGCAUGCGUAUGUGCUGGUGUGGUGAAAAC